CUUCAUCCCUUCAUCCCUUCAUCCCUUCAUCCCUUCAUCCCUUCAUCCCUUCAUCCCUAAUCCCCUUUUCAUCAGCACUCUCUUCCACACUCAGGCUCAUCCACUCAGCUACUCUUCCCCAGUGCUGCGUGUUUGUUUGCGUAUUGUGUUGGCACCAGAAAAUAAAUAAAAAAGGAACUACAUCCGUUUUUUUUUUUUCUUUGUUACACCUUGUCAUCUUGUCCAUCCAUCCCUCCUUCAACCUCCCCCUCUUCAUAAGCACAUACCCAAUCACUCUACACCACAAUGGCCGAUGUCGAAAGUGCUCCCGAAUUCGCCCCAGCCAGCCCUGAGGGCGGUCACCAGGAGGCAGACCUCCCUGAGUCCGUCAGCCCCGUGGCAGCGGACGCCCAGGCAACCACCGACACCGUGCCUGACUCCACUUCCUCUAGCCAACUAGACAGCGCGCCAGAGGACAGCCAUCCCACCCCUGAAGAUGUACCUGAAGCUGCGCCCGAAACCGUAUCUGAGGCUGCGUCUGAGGCCACACCCGAGGUACCCGCCAGUCCCAGCAAGGCUGCUGCUAAGAGCACCACGGCUCCCGCCAGCCCUGGAAAAACUGCCACCGCCGCAGGGGCCGCUUCUGUCGCAGCUCGUCGUGCUGCCACUGCUGCCGCUGUCGCUGCUAACAAAACCAAGGUUACAGCUACGCCCAGGACACCUGUCAAGCCCGCGGCAACAUCCACCACAGCCAGGACUGCAGCCUCUAUUCGCACCCCUACGACUGCAGCAGGGACCUCCCCUAUCAAGCGAACCGUGACCCCAAGCACCACUACGUCCGGCACGAAGAAGGUCCCUACCACAACAGCUGGAACCCCAGCGACCUCAACAGUUCGUCGCGUACCAACUGCACCGGCCGCCAGCCCUGCUGCUGGCAGAGUCGCCACGCGCACAGCCGUUACUAAACCUAUAGUAAGCCCAGCCCCUGCCAGGACAUCUACCAUCACUGCGAAUCGCACAGCUGGCAAACCCACUGCUACUUCCACCACCCCACGCACAGCUGGCAAGCCCACUACCUCUACCUCGUCCUCAGCACUCAGACGCACCCCUGUGACCACCAUGACCACAUCCAGGACCGGUGUGGUCCCCAAGGCUCCCUCGAGCGUUGCUGGCUCAUCCUCUGCAGGAAGUGUUCGCUCUGUCAGAUCCACGGGCAGCACUGGCUCUGAGGCACUGGAGCUGAAGAAGGAGCUUGCCGUUAUUCGCGCCAAGUAUGAGGAGGCAUCGACUGCAUUACAGGCCAAGGAGGAAGAACUGGUUGCUCUGCGAGGGCAAUUGGAGAGCGGCUCGAGCUCACAUGCGGAUGCGAUUGCGGACACUGUCUCGAGCGAUGGAGGCGAGACCGUUGUCCCCGAAAUUGAUUUCUCAAAGAUCGAGGCACAGAGCCAGACUGUCGUUUCGGAAGCGAUCGCUGCCAAGGAGCAAGAGAUCACUGCUUUGAAGAGCGAGGUCGAGAGCUUGAGCGGACUUGUCGAGAAAUUGCGUGUUGAGCACGAAGAAAAGAUCAAGGAGCUGACUGAGAACCAAUCCGAGAAGAACGCUGUGCAGGAGGCAGAGUUGACGUCGCUUCAUCAGGAACUCGCAGAUUAUACCAAGAAGUACGAAGAGGUUACUGAACUCCGCCGUAAGCUUGAGGAAUCUCAGGCCCUGCACUCAUCCACGCUCGAAGAGCUCAACAGGAUCCAUGAAGACAAACUUCAGAGUCUGGAAAUUGAGCUCCAAGCGGCUAGACAGGAACGCUCGGGAGCUGAGGAUGUGGAGCUGGAAGAGCUCCGGCUCAGUCAUCAGGAGGAGGUCACUCAGCUGCUGUUGGACCAUGGAGAGGAGCUCGAUGCGCUCAAGAAGUUGUUUGAGGAGAGAAUUGAGGAAGCUAAGGACCAAGCUGAGAACGACCUGCGUGAGCGCCAUUCCAAGGAGCUGAAUGAUGUCUUGGCUGCACACACUGAAGCCCUCGACGACCGUGCAGGCGCCGAAUCCGGAGCGAUUGAGGCGCUCCAACAGAAGCAUGCCCUUGCACUGACCGAACUGAAAGAAAAAAUGGAAGCUGAACACAAGGAAUAUCUCGAGAGCGUCCGAGGUACUCACCAGACAGAGCUGAAGGAGCUUCAGGAAAAGCACACUGCUCGCACGGCCGAGCUGGAGUCUGAGUUGAAGACGCUUCAAGAGAAGUAUGCCACUGAAGUGUCCUCGUUGAAAUCAAAUGUGGGGUCUGACAGUGAGGCCUUAAAGGCCGCACAUGCCGCUGAGAUUGAGGCGCUCAAGGCGACGCAUGCUAAUGAGCUCAAUACGCUGGAGCUCAUUACCAAGGGUAAGAUGCAGCUUGAAUUGGAUGCAGUUCAGGGCAAGUUUGCCGAGUUUGUGGCUGAUGUCAAUAGUUCCCAGGAAGCAGAACUCAAGAAGCUGGAGAAUAACUAUGAGGCCCGUAUUGCAGAGCUGGGUGCCGAGCACGAGAGCAGAGUCAAGGAGUUGCAGAACGAGGCCAACGAGCAGGUUCAGAGCGCAGUGGAUCAGGUCAAGGAGACAUUCGAGUCAGACCGCGCGGAACUGGAUGCUGCUCGUGCCAAAGAGUUGGAGGAUCUGAAAUCGCUACACGCUUCAGCUAUCAAGGACCUUGAACAGCAGCUGGCAAAGGCAGAGCAGGCUGCCAAGGAGGCCUUUGAGAACCUGGAGAGAGUCAAGACCCAGUUGGAAGGCGAGCUGUCUGGUGCCAAGGCCGCGGCUCAGGAGCAGGUUGAUGCCGCCAAGGUCUCCCUACAGGAAUUGAUUGCGAAGCAUGAGACCGAGAACCGCAGCAACACUGAGUCUCACUCUGCCGCACACGCCCAGGAACUGGAGGCCUUGCGCGCGGACCACGAAAGGAAGCUGAAUGAGGCUCUGGCAAAGAAGGAGGAGGAGCUGUCCACCAAGCAGCAGGAGCUCGUGAAGGAGCAGGAGAUUCUCCGUGCCAGUUUUGCGGCUGCUCAGAAGGAGCGUGAUGAGGCCCUGGCAGCGGUCGAAUCCAAGGAGACUCAGCUGAAACAGGAGCAUUCCAAUGCGUUGGAGAAUUUGGAGUCAACCCACAAGAUUCAGCUUGAGGACCUCCAGACGCUGACGAGGGCGAACAUGGACAACAUGACCAAGAUGCACGAGCAGCACGGCCAGGAUCAUGAGGCACGUCUCCAGCGAGUGUUGACCUCUCACCAAGAGGAGCUCAAUGGACUGAAGACGCACCACCAGAUGGAGGUCGAGAACAAGGAGAAUGAGUACAAGCAGCAGAUCUCAGGCCUGGAGGAGAAGGUUAAGGUAUUGGAGGCCGGCGCUGCGGAAGCUCAGGACAGCAAGGCCAUUGCAGAGGAGUUGGUGAAGAUCCAGAAGGAGUUGCAUGAUAUCAAGUCCUCGAAUGAGACCCUCAAGGGCGAGAACGAGCAGCUGCAAAAGAUGAUGGACCUGCUGCAGGACUCGAUGGUGACCCGUGCAUAAACAGGCGUCGGCCAUAUCUACUUCAAACAUAAUACUACUCACCACCACCGAGGAAAUAAUACAAGAAGCAGACAAAAAAAGAGUCAGCAGUCCAACUCUGAAGGGCAGCUGUUGCUGGAUCUCGCUCCAGAAUUGCGUAGCAUGUAAUAAAGCAAAGAAAUAUCUCAAC